UCCCUUCCACCUAAAAAUGGUGGACGAAAAUAAAGAAGCUGCUAGAAAAGAAUGUGAAUCACUUAGAGCAUUAGCAUUCUUCGGUGUUUGUCUCAUGCAACGUCAAGCUUCUCUAGGCCAAAAUGAACUAGAUUUUUGUAGAGGACGAUCAAGCAAUAUUAUGCAUGAAGUUAGCAGAACACAAGGAAUAAUUUCAAUUCUAAGUGUAAUUGAUGGAGGCAAAAUUAGGCAAUCCCGUAAAGCCGGAUUUUCUUCAAACAACUCAAAGGCUAGAGCUUCAGCUUCGAGAAUAAGGCGUGUAGGGAAUGCUUAUGGAGGUGUUGAUAAUGCAGUUACGAGUGGAGGUGGUGGAGGUUGUUGCGGGUGUGGUGUUUCGCCUCCAGGUCCUCCCGGACCGGUUGGACCGCCUGGAACGCCGGGAGAUGAUGGUACGCCUGGAUAUCCCGGAGAGAAGGGAGAGGAUGCCCCACCACCAGCUCCACCUGCCUAUUCAUUUGAGCCGUGUCAGGAAUGUGAACGUGCUCAAGAUGGGCAUCCAGGCUAUCCUGGACCACCGGGACCGAGUGGACAACCUGGACAGUCUGGAUCGCCAGGUCCUGACGGGCAUCCUGGACCUCCAGGACCAGUUGGUCCUCCUGGACCUUCGGGACAGCCUGGAAGCCCUGGAGAACCAGGUCAACCAGGAACACCUGGCACUCUCAGCGAAGGCCGUCCAGUAGUGGGACCACCAGGACCUCCAGGGCAAAGUGGACAACCAGGCUCUGAUGGUUAUCCUGGAACACCUGGAAAUGAUGGGCAGCCAGGUCAGCCCGGUCCAAUGGGUGAUCAAGGACCUCCAGGAACCCCUGGAACACCUGGCCAGCCUGGAACACCUGGACUACCAGGAGAUAAAGGACCUAAAGGCUCAUGCGAUCAUUGUCCACAACCUAGAACAGCACCCGGUUAUUAA